AAACCUGAAAACCUCCUAACCUGAUUGUUUCUACUUUCUGGUUGGCUUUUGCUGCGUCCGUGCAAUUGUUGGCGAUCAUGCGUCAAAUUUAAAUAUUUCGAAAUUACUCAAUUAAUUCCGUUUCUGUUUACUUGAGAGAUCUGGAUGCAAUGUGGAUUUGUUAGUUUGGGAUGAUCCCAUGUUCAAAAUGAGCCAAGAAGUUGCCCAGAACAUUGCCACAUCAUCAGCAUUCAAUGUGUCAAACAUUUUUGAUGAUGUUGCGUUGGUCAGAGCUCAGCUGGAUUGUCUGGGGCUAUCCUACGAUCCUGACGAAAUUGCAAACAUGUUGAUAGAGCAAGAUGGUAGUGCUGAUAGAGUAGCUAUUGUCGUUAAUAAGAUCAUUGACUGCCUUCCAAAUUUGGGACCAGAGUUUGAAAAUAACUCUACCCAUGAAGGAGCUGAAUCAAGUUUAAACCAAGUUCAAGCUCCAGAUAAAAGUGAAGAAAAACAAAAAAGUGAAGAAAAUGUACCCGCGUCGGCAGUAAAAGAUACUGCCAGCCAAGAUUAUGAACCGUCACCUAGUAAACUUUUUAAGCCAGUCAAUCCCAAAAAAAAUCCGUUUUCGUAUGAUCUCCCUUCAGGAGGAAGUUCAGUUAGGCUGAAAAACUCCGCUGAUCUUUGCGGUACAUCCUCCAGCUCAAGUACCUCCGAGGAAUAUUUGAGUGCUCAAAGAUUGCUGCCCAAUGAAUCAGCAGAUGUGAGUAAAUUUACCUAUCUUGGUAAGACUACUGAGAGAACCUUGACACUAGACUCCACCUCCGGUCCAUCAGACUUAAGUGUUACAAAUCAAGAAGACGAAAAGCCUGGUUAUCAGGGUGCAGAAAUCACCUCUCAGAUUUUUGAGUCUGUCAGUAAUAGCCUUAAAACGCCAUUAAGUAUAUCAGUAUCAUCAGUAUCAAGAGCAAAUCAUCGAGACUCUACACCUGAACAACUCUCGAUAAUUUUAGAGUGUAUGAAUCGAGUUGAAAUAACAGAUAACGAUUUGAAUAUAAUAGAUAAUUUGAUUGGUUUUCUCAUGCGGGGAGAAUCUAAUAGCACUGCAGUCAAUUGUAAACCCUCCUGUGGAGCUGAUGUAAAUAAAAGAGCAUUAAGUGAUAACACCAAGACAAUUACAUUGCCGGAUUCUGAUUCGGCAAGCAAUAUUGGGACCACAGUCACUGAACCCACCGCAUGUCCUUCCCAAAACUUACCUGAGCCUUUGUGCCAAUACUUCGCAAAUCUCAUGGAAAUUUUUCCAGAUGCUGAUUCAACUUACUUGCAAGAUUUAUGCAAAGGAAGCAACAACGGGGAGAUCAUUCCAUUUGAAAAUGACAUAAUGCAACAACUCAUCGAUAUCGUAUUGGAUAAUCCUGACUAUCCACGAAAAGCACCAACAAAUAGUGGAGAAUCAGAAGUAAAUCCAUCCUUUGAUGAGAAGUAUCGCAACAUCAUUGCUAUUCUCCCAGAUAUAGAUCCUGAAUUUGCAAAGAGCAAAUGUGAACAGUUGUCGAAUGAAAGUUACAAUAAUUUUGUUAAUGAGCUUUUAAUCACUGAAGCAUACCCAACCAUAAAAGAUGCAAGAAUGAAAGAAACCUCCUCUAAAAUAAAGGCUUAUUUAGAUAAUCCUACGAUACCUGAUUUCUUAAAAUUGUUUCCAAACCCUGAAGAAUACUUUUUGAAUCAAAAGAUGAGCUCACAUCCUGAGCAUUCGUUAGCAUUCUUAAAAUAUCGUUAUAAUUUACUCAAAUCAGAUGAUAUUAUCAGAACUUAUCGAUUUGAGGGGUUCAAUCUCACUCGAACGUGUCGUAAAUUAGAUAGGCAUACUGGUCCAGUUUGUAAGAGAAGGAGAACUUUACCGGAUUGUAAGUGGCCUGCGAAGAACGAUGUAAAUUUCCUUCAGGAAAUUUUCUACAUCAUUCAUUGGCAAGAAAUAAAGCAGUACAUAGAGGAUAAGAACAGAGAACAAAAAUUGGCUCUAGAACAGCAGAAUUUUGCAGGAAGCCUAAGAAAAGAUGCUCCAAGAACCGUGCCAGAGAAAUCAGAUCUUGUUUUAGCAGCAUUUGGUCUUUUUCUCCGAUCACCUUUUGAGUGGUCCAGAGUUUUGCAACGUAGUAAAGACCACGCUGAGUUAAUCCUCAAACUUUUUACAGCUGCCAUGGAAGUAGGAAAAGGAGAUGACACCCAGAGCUCACCAUUGGCAAAUAACCUGCCAACAUUACCUUUUGAAGAGCUCAAAGACUUGCUUGCUUCUGCGCCUCUGACAACUGAUCAGGGUGUCUAUAUUCGACAGACAGCUCUUGAUCGAGGAGUAGUCCACUCUAUUCUCGCUUGUUUAGCCGCUCUUACGCACAAUUCAGAGUACAUUCGUCUACCAGACGUUGAUCUCCAGCCCUCAACCUCCUCAAAGCGACCAAAGAAUAAAGUCUUGCCGAAAGCACGCACUGAUCAGCAUGUUUCAUAUUGGGCAAAAGGCACCGGUUAUGGAUCAGGCUCCACAGCUCAAAGUUGGAACGUAAAACAAGCGCUAACAAGACAAAAGUGCGAAGAAAGUCAUAUUACUGUCCUGAUACAAAUUCUUUCCCACUUCAUAGACCCCAAAACUGCUGCACCUAUGUCUGGUCAGAAUGCAGAUGUUGAAGAGGUAGCAAAUUUUCCCGUUAACUUAUCAGCUGGGAAAAUAGCUCCAAAACUAUCACCUCUUUUUCACGAACUUCUUGAAAAAUCUUGCCUCAUUCAAGUACUCUCAUCUUACCUCAGGAAUGACUCUGUCUUAGAUAUGACACGUCAUAUUCCAAUCUAUAGGGCCAUUCUGUGUCUGUUAAGAGUUAUUGCUUCGAAUGAUCAGUACGUAGAUUUCUUAUUUCCACAGACACCAGAUCAAGAAUCCUCCAUCUCGAGUCUUCUCUCUAAGAUGAGAGAUUGCGUUGAUAUUUACUCAGUGAAUGUCGGAAGCAAAAUACCAACCACAACUGAAGAUGGAAAACACAUUGAUAGAGAUGAAGAAGCCUCUCUAAUUCAAGACAUUCAGCACACUGCAAUGCUCAUUGCAAUUCCAUCAGAAAGCAUGAAUCAAAAUGGGAAGUCAUCAUCAAGUAUUGAGAGACCCUUAAAAAAGACUGUAGAAGAACGUUAUCUAGAAUUCAUGAAAGCUUUACAGUUUGACGAAUAUGACAUGAUUGUGGAAAACUGUGAUACCAGUGGACUUCGGUUCUCUGUCUCACAUCGUUAUGAACAGAAUAUACGUGUACUUGGGGAUGCAAACCACCCUUCUCGUAUAAAACGUCUUGCCCAAGAAGUUGUGACGUUAAGAAAUUCUUUGCCCCUUAAUUAUAGCAGCUCUGUAUUUGUGCGGUGCGAUUCAAGUAGAUUAGAUGUCAUGAAAGUGUUAAUUACUGGUCCAGCAGAAACCCCCUACAUGAAUGGGUGCUUUGAAUUCGAUGUUUUUUUUCCUAGGGAUUAUCCAUCCUCUCCAUUGAACAUUAAUUUAGAGACAACAGGUCGACAAACUGUACGAUUUAAUCCUAAUUUAUAUAAUGAUGGAAAGGUAUGCCUUAGUGUUCUCAACACAUGGAAUGGUAGACCUGAAGAAAAGUGGAAUCCACAAACGUCCAACAUCCUCCAAGUGUUAGUAUCAAUCCAGUCUCUCAUUCUAGUGCCUGACCCAUAUUUUAACGAGCCAGGCUACGAAAACUCCCGAGGAACCUCCAACGGAACUCGAAGGUCAAACAGUUAUAAUGCGAACAUUCGUAAAGCUACGUUGAAGUGGGCCAUGGUAGAGCAACUGAAAAAACCUUCACCGUGUUUUAAAACUGUUAUUCAAUCCCAUUUUUACCUGAAGAGAGAUGAAAUUAGUUUACAAGUUGAAAAGUGGAUUACUGAGAUAGAAAGUGAUAAAUAUAUAAAAACCUCAACAGACACAGUCAGGUCUUUGAGGCAAUUGCUGACACAGCUGCAAACAGAAAUAUCUAAGCUCACUCCACCCCCUGGGCUGGAAGAAUCAAGUGAGGUUUUAAGUGAGAGUGUGGAAACUCCUGAAUCAACUAUCCAACCUCACCCAUCUACCUCUGCAAUAGCAGGGCCUUCAUCUCAAGUAGAACCAAUGGAAUGGAGUCACUCUUUCAUGUCUGAUUUUGUCACGGAUGAAGAGUUGGAUUCUGUCAUCUCGCGACUCUCCCAUUGAAAUUCCUGUUUUGUUGCCCUUUCUAACCUCAUCUAGUGUCAAUCUGCAAUACCUCUUCCAAGUUGUUCUCUUGUUUUGUAUUAAUUUAAUAUGUUUAAUUUAGUUUUAUUAAUCAUGUUUUCAUUUUGCAUAUUCUAUGUUUUCUUAUGUCUCAUGUUAUUUUCCUUGUUAUGUCAGUUACUUUUUGUGCGCACUUGUUUUUAUGAUCAUGGCAUAAUCAAAGAUGUUUCUCUGAACAUCUCUCAUUGUUGCCUAAGAAAAAUUCUGGUAUUGCAGCUCUCAUGUAGCAUCUACCUUCUUUCAUUUUGUGUUCUCUGAACUGCAAUAUGGCAAGAAAAACCUCAGGUACAUCAUUCAUCAUCUGUUUUGUAAUUUAAAUCUUUAUGUACUUUGAACUGAUAUUCUUUUUAUCAUACAUGUUUUUUGUGUAAAUGUUUCAAAUAUAUACAUAUGUUAGGUUCUUAGUUUUCUGUCACUCCAACAACUUUUGAAGGUCAUGCAGUUCUAUUAAAAAAUAAAAUCAAGUCGAGGAUUCUCAAUUUUAAAUAAUUCAUAUCCUCUAUCUCAAAUAUCUCAACUAUUAAUUGAACUUUCCACUGAUUUGCAUGCAGUACUCACUCCUAAUUUUUAUUCAAUCUAAAUCUUUUGCUUAGUCAUUAUUAUCGCGUUUUUACUUUCUUUCAUUUCCAAGUGAUGUAAGUUACCUAGUUUUGUACUUGCUUUUAUCAAUACUUAAGGAAUUCCUUAUUUUUUCUGGAAGAUCCUAUUUUUUAUCAUGGUAGUAACCCGUCGUUUAUUUUCUGUCAGCAACUUUCUAUUCAUACUGUUGUCAAAAACUUUCGAAAGUGCCCAAGGAUAGCUUUGCAUGCAGCAGAGGAGAGAUCCUGUCUUCAAUUUAACAGAUAUUGUGACUUGAUUUCAGUCUUGUCUCAUCAGAAUUUUCCUCUGAUGACUCGGUAAUCUUAAUUUUAAUGACCAGCUUGUAAGUUUUUUGUUUUCAAGUGUUCGAGUUGACUUUUAUUUUCCUUUCUUAAUGAAGGAACCGUUCGUUUAAUCAGUCAUGCAAGAGACUCAUUUAAUUUGUUUUUCUGUAUCUUGAUCUUCAAAUAAAGUGCCUUUUUUAGUUGGUGCCUAGUAAACCUAAAUAAUAUUUCCUCAAUACUAAAAAAUGUCAACAAGUUUCAAAUCGAUGACUAUGGUUGAAAAUUACGAACCUCCAUUUAAAUGCCAAAAAAUCUUUGAUAAUGUUUCAUUCGUUUAAAAAGCAAAGUAACGAAAAUAUCACCUUGAAGUUUCCCGUGAAUAUAUUACAACAAGGGAACAAAUUUCAAAGAAAAGUUUAAAAAAAGUGUCAAGUUUUCUUUUCGACCAGUAAAGCAUGAGGGGAGACUUUAAACCGGAGGUAUCAUUUUUCGACUUGUGUCAUUAAAAUGGUGCGCAUUAGUUUAGAUAUUUACGAAGAUGAGGGCUCAAAUAUGUAUAGAGGUUUGGAAGUGAACCCUCAGAGUUGGUGUUUUUUCAAAUCGUUAAGAGAAUACUUUGCCAAAUUUUUAUAGUAACCAUCUUUUCACCUGGUUUACCAAAUAAAUCUUGUAUUUUGGUAUUUUCUUCAUCGGCCUAAACUCAAGUUCUGCUGGGUGUCCAGAGAUUUCAUAUAGUAGAUAUUCACCUCUGAAUAUUGGCCAAAAUUAGAUCACGCAACCUCUGCAUGAAAUGAAUAUGAAUAAAAAGAUAGAUGGAAAGGCAAGCAAAAUUUAUACUUGGAAGAUAUAAACAUUAGCAAGCCACUGCGAGUAUAAUGUGUCCAGUAAACGGAAAAAUAUGCGACACAUGGGUCAGAAUUGUUUCUUUAAAGUGUGCAGAGAGGUGAGUUAUCAAGAAGUAAAACACUAAUUUCAAUGAUUUUGCCUAGACUGACUGGUGUCCGGAUUGAACUUGGGCAACGCCUGAUCUGAUCAUUACUUCAGUUUUAGGACUAUAAUAUCUCCGAAUCAAAACUAACAAUCUUUAAGCACCCAGCAGGAUUUUUAUUUUAGAUGGUUUUGUUUCAUCAAAUUAAAAAUUAAUUUUGACCAAAAGAGUAUCCGUCUUGAGAGUUUUUCCUUUCCUUUACUGUCUUGCCUGAAAUAUGGUUUAAGAUAAUUAAUGUUCAUGGAGUCGUAUAAUAGAUCAGCAAAAAAUUUACUGCUAUGCCUCAAAAGAUGUUUAGCUAUUUUUUGUCAAAUUGUACGUUAAGUUACAGCUGUUCAAAUUGCGAAGAGAAUGUACCCAACCAAUUUUUUAAAUACAGGUGUAAAACCAGUAAUAAA